GACCGUACGGUACGGUAUGUACCAGCACUACUGUUUUUUUAUCGUACCGGUAUGGGACGGCCAUAAAAAUAGCCGCAUCCGAUGUAUUGUCGUUGUACCGGCAACCCAUUCCAGCGACUGCAUUGCAUUUGGUUUAGACUAGCGCACAUACUAGAAGUAUCAUUUCUGCGUUCCGCUCUAUUUGCCACAUUACACCCGGCUUCACGACAYCAAUCACUGUGGAUUGAUUGUAUCGGUUCUACUCGAAGCACGAGAUUGCAUCCAAUCGGAACAGAAUGGGAGGUCUUUGCAGUAAAAACAGCUACCACGUCGAAGAAGACCAAUCGYUGGAUGUGAGUCGCCAUUACGUCGGAYCGUUGGACAAGGUUGACAAUGUCGUUAAGCCGUCGAAWUACAGACCCAAGACCGAGCCGAUCGGAAUCGGAGAAAUAGUCACCAAUACCGAUGACGUUGCUGCCAAUGACGAUGCCAACGACGCUCCUAGAACCACAGUUCGMAUGGACGCUGCCAGCGACUCUGGCAGCGAUUCCUAGACGGUAUCAUGGAAUGGAAAUACCAUGAUUUACUGAUACCGUGCGAAUCCUUUUCGGAGUUGAACAAACCACUAUGUCUCGGAUAUGAGACACGAACUUAAAGAGAAACUUGGAACAGAGAUUUCCUGGCUCGUCCGUUUCUAGCAAAAUAGAUGCGGGCGCAGCGAGUUUCCAAAGAUUCAGGAUGAAUGAGCUAUUGCGGAAAUAUGAAGAGGAAGAUUUCAUGUUAUGUGUGUAAUUGUUAUGAAUGAGGGUACGAAGAGCUGGCAAAUGCUAACAGCAGGAUGAAUAGCUGCCGUUUUGUGAAGAAGACAUCGAGGUUAAAGAUUCAAGGAARGCAAGGAUUAGAUCCUAGUAAUGAGGUACAGAAAACAAGUGGUACAGUAAGAUAAAGAGUACAAGCGGUGUUGGGUAAUAGUCUAUACCGGUAGCAGCUUUCACUAAACUGGAUGAUGAAUAGGUAGGAGAUAGUAGAGAAGAUAUUGAAUACAUKUCUCACAUUUUAAAGUAAGAAACCAGAAAAGUGAGG